AUGUCCGACACGCCGGAGAGAGACGGCAUGUCUGGCAAAAGAAGCACAGAACGAAAACUCAAUUUCUGUAGGACGGUGGAAUCUAAAGAUGAAGAUGAAGACACGGCACACCCUCCUGCUGAUUUAAGCGGUCAGUCCGUCGUCCAGGAUACACCAACGCCUCAAAAGCAGGCUCUGGCUCAGCGAGUCGAAGCGGCAUGCUCCUCGGUGAAAGCGAGCGCCAAGGCCGUGCUGAGUAAGCUGGGAUUCCCCGCCCGCCGCGGGUCCCCCCCCACAGCCCAGCGGCGGCCGGGGUCUGAGCCCAGGCCUGCCAGCUCGGUCAAACGGCGGAGAAACAAGCCCGUCGCACCUAUUCUGCGCUUUAGAAAGAUACGUAAAGCAACACAGACGACGCCGAUUCCCCAGAUCGGCCCCGGUCUGCACGACACGGACGCCAGGCGACCGCAUCCGGGGACGGGCUGGCCCUUCAGCCCAGUGGCGAGCUCCGACGACUCCCUCAGCCUGGUGGACGCUCGCACUCCCAGUGAGCUGAGGGCCAUCCCGCUCAUCUGUACUCCCGAUGAAGUAUCACUGCCCCCCACACUCUCCACUAUAUAUCCACCCUCGACAACCUCAGCUGCAUCAUCGCCCAAAAGAAGAGAAUUCCAUCUCCCUGUGAGGGGGGUGGGCAUACGGAGAAAAGACGUGGGAGGAGGAUACCAGCUGCUGACGGCUCAGCACCAGCUGAACGUGGUGCUACGAAGACUGGAGCGGCUGGACCUCAGCUCUGCAGCCUGCGUGACCCGAACCCCCCCAGCCCCGCUCAGCCCGACUCCUUCCCUGAUAUCAGCCACGUCCUCAGAGUCGGAGGCUCCUGAAAACUCUGCCCCGGACACAACGUCGCAGGCCGAAGACGGCAAAGACCAGAGCGGCCUGCUGCCGCCGCUUUUGCGGCCCCAAAACGGCCUCUCUGAGUCUCUCAAAGACCUCGCCUCUCUGAUGUGGGAGGAGAAGGUGAGAGGGCUUUCUACCAUAAGGGCGCUGGCACAGCACCACCCAGAGAUUCUGAAGCUUAAACUUCACAAAGUGUGCCUGGCUAUAAUAGAUGAGAUUAAAAACAUGCGUUCUAUGGUAGCCAGUGCAGCCAUAGAAACCGUCACCUCCCUUUUUGUUAAUCUGAAGAGAGACAUGGACAAUGAAGUGGAGGCAAUGGGAAGUGCUCUGCUGGUCAGGGCUGCAAAUACGUCUCAAAAUGCCUCUUUGCUGGAGAGUCUUAGCAUGUCCCUGAGGGCCAUGGUGGAGAACUGCAGCCCGCCCCGGGUGCUAACUGUUCUGUUCAAUAUAGGACUCAGCCACCUGAGUUCACCGGUGAGAGCCGUCACAGCUCUACAGCUCCACCUACUGGCUGACAGGCUGGGAGCAGCUGCAGCGUUGAAGGCAGGUCAGAGAUUCACCUCACGGUUCCUCAUAGCAGUGAGUAAGAUGUUGAUGGAUGCCACAGCUCCAGUCAGGCGUGCUAAACAAGUAGCACAUGUGUGCAGGGCCCAUGGACAUGCAAUACUGAAAGAACUGGCCAAGCAAAAGGACUUUAUAAAGCUGUGGAAGCAGUACGUCCCAGAGAAGGAUCAGCGCUUUCUGGAAAAGACCGUUACGAAUGCCGUCCGAGCGGCAUGGACGCUAAGCAACUCUGAGAGGUCAGGAAAGCAGCGGUCAUCCUGCAGAUGUCUGUCAAUCAGCCGGGAUGAGUUCUCCAGCGCUUCGGCGAGCGCUGCUGCGGGGCUGCUGGGUCCGGCGCUGGACGGCAUAGCUGCGGCUACCACCGCCGCUGACUUACCUGCAGGAUGA